ACAAAAAAAAAUGGUGGAGAAGGUGAUUCUGCUGAAUAUGUUCGCUAGCAUGUUUGGAAUGAGGGCUAGGGUGGCGCUAGCCGCAAAAGGCGUAGAAUACGAGUACAAAGAGGAGGACUUUCGCAACAAAAGCCCGCUUCUUCUUCAAUCCAAUCCCAUUCACAUGAAAAUCCCGGUUUUGAUUCAUAACGAUAAACUUGUUUGCGAGUCACUCGUCAUUGUUGAGUACAUCGACGAGGUUUGGAACCAAAAAUACCCUCUUUUGCCCACCCAUCCUUAUCAGAGAGCUCAAGCUAGGUUUUGGGCUGAUUACAUUGACAAAAAGCUGUAUGAUCCUGGAAGGAAGAUCUGGACUAAGAGCGGGGAAGAGCUGGAAGCGGCGAAGAAGGAAUUCGUUGAGAUUCUGAAGCAGUUGGAAUUGGAGCUGGGAGACAAGGCCUUCUUCGGUGGCGAGAGGUUCGGGUUUUUGGAUGUGGCGUUGGUCACGUAUUCGACAUGGUUCCACACCUAUGAAAAAUGUGGUGGUUUCAGAAUUGAAGAGCACUGCCCCAAGCUCAUUGAGUGGGUGAACAGGUGUUUAGAGAUUGAUUUUGUGUCGGAAACCUUGGUCGAUCAGGCCAAGGUUUACGACUUUGCUUUAGGGCUAAGGAAGGUGUUCAACAUUGACACCUCCUAAUUUUACUACCAUCUCUCUUUAUGUUUUCGAUAAUAAAACCAAUUAUAUAUAUAUUGGUAGUUGAGAAAUUGAAAGUUGAUUAUAUGUCAUCACAAUAUAUAGCUAUGUAAUUGAAAUAUGCAU